AUGGACGUGAAGAGCGAGGACUCCGCGAGUCCUGAGGGGGAGUAUGCUGAGGAGGGUGAGCAGGCGACCGCGAGUUCCAGUGCGAGUGUGCUGGACCCUGAAACGAAGAAAGGCAAGGUGGUCAUUGAGGCUUUCCCUGGCCCUGGGGCUCUUACUCGAGCUCUCAUGAGAUUGCCCAAGGAAAGGAUACGGAGGCUGAUCGUCCUCGAGGAAAAUGAGAUGUACUACGAGUACCUAAAGCCUCUGGAAGAUCUAGAUCCUCGCGUAAAAAUCCUCAAAAAGUCCGGCUACGCCUGGGACACCUACGAGGUGAUCGAGGAGAACGGGUGGCUGGACGACGUCAAGAAGGCGCCGUGGGACGUGGUGCAAACCGACCUGCAGUUCAUCUCGCACGUACCGACAAACAUCAUGGGCGAGCAACUCGUGGCUCAGUUCUUCCGCUGCAUCCCCGAUAGGCAGUGGCUCUUCAAGUACGGCCGGAUGCCCAUGAGCAUCGUCCUCGGCGCGUGGAUGUGGAAGCGUCUUUCGGCUGCCCCAGGUACGGCGGAGCGUUGUAAAGUCUCCGUAAUCGCGGAGGCGGUUUCGACGUUCACCAGCUCCCUCCCGCCCUCCACGCUCCUGCCCUAUGAGGAGCACUUCCACCCCGUCUUCUCGCGCGAGUCACGGCAGAGCAAGCCGGAACUGCGGAAACAUGGGUCGCCGUUGCUGAGCAUCAAUAUCCUCCCAUUUGCGAAGCAGCCCAUUGAGAAAGGCGCGCUUGAAAAGUGGGACUUCUGUCUGCGCCGGCUGUUCGUGCUGAAGAGCACUCCGAUCGGGAAGGCGAUAGGCUCACUCGCACCGGGCGCCACGACCCUCAUCCAAUACCUGUCGGAUGAAAGCUUGCCUGCAGAGGAGCGACUCGACCUGAAAAAGCCGAUCAAACAGCUGACUGUCCACGACUGGUCGCUCGUUCUGCGCGCUUUUGAGCGCUGGCCGUUUGCACCUGAGGUUCGGUUUGCCUAG